AUGACGACCAGCAACCAAGAGGACCCCUCCUACAUCGACUACGAGGCCUUCCUCGACCCAGCCUUCAACCCCUCCUCCUUCGCAAAUACCCUCGUCCUCGCCACAAAUAACCCAAACGACGUGCCCCUCGACUUGUCCACCCCGCUGUCCCGCGUGCUCUUCGACACCCAGGAGAUCGACUCCCAUAUCGAUUCCCUGACCUCCAAACAAGCCGCCCCCUUGCUCACCUACACCCAGGAGCAGACCGCCUCGAGCAAGCGCAUCAUCUCCGAGCUCGACGCCCAGAUCAAGAGCCUCAACGACAGCUAUAAGCAGCUCGAGAAGGAGGUCAUAGACAAGCAUGCCGAGGCCGAGGAGGUACGCCAGGUCGCCACCCGCCUGUGGGAGACCCUGAAGCUGGGCCGCUCCGUCGGCCGCUGUCUGCAGCUGGGGAGGCAGCUCGAGGUCCAGCACGCCGAGGUCGCCGCUUCGAGCCCCAGCGCCGCCGCCGCCGCCGCCGCCAAGAAGGAGGAUCACCGCGCCCUCGUGCGCUGCUCCCACACCAUACUCUCCCUGCGCGAGAUGCUCGACAACGCUGCCCCUGGCGAGGAGGGCUACGGGCUCGCCAGGGUCGACGCUAUCCGCACCCUGCGGGACGCCGUCGUCGCUCCCGUCGAGCGGUCCGCGAGGGAGACGGCCGAAAAGAUUAUCCGCGAUUUUGCCAUCCCUGACUCGGCCACCUUUGCCCAGGGCGAGGAGACCAAGGCCCGCACCGUGUCGGCCAUGGUCACGCUGUUCCUAUUGUCCCCCGCGCCCGCCCCUGCCCACAAGACGGACCGCUGGGCGCCGCAGCUGCUGCUCGCCGCUCUCGAGGGGUACCUGCGCUCGGCGCUGCAGUCCUCCAUCGCAUCGCUGUCGCGCUCCCUCACCCAGUUUUCGACGCUAGAGCGCACCUUCGCCGAGAUAUCGGCGCGGUGCCAGAACGUUGUCGCCCUCGAGCUGGUCCUCGAGUCGACCAAGCUGCCGACCCACCUGCUCGUCGCCGCCCCGGAGAGGCAGACCAACAUGCUGCAGCCCCUGCUGGCGCACCUCGAGACGGGCAGUCUGCCGAGCUACUUCUGGCGCACCAUGGCCGGCAGCCUGGGUCCGCGGGUGCAGGAGAUUGUCAACCGCGGCGGCCAUGCCGGCCGCUCGCUGAGGGACAGCAGAGUGACCAUCGUCGACGCUAUGCGGGACUGCGUCGUCAAGGGGUGCCAGAUGCCGAGAGCCCUCAAGGGCAAGACCAGGGGGGAGGGAAACUGGGAUAGGGAGGCUGCCGUCAUGGUCGGGAGCGUGCUAAACAACCUGGGCAGGUAA